AAACGAUGAGGUAGUCUUUAGUGAGCCCGAAAUUUCAUAAUGUUUAGCAACCUACGACAAGCGAGUACAACUACAAAGGUCAAUGUUUAAAUAGGUGGCGCAAAGAGUUGCCCUCAAUGUAUGGAGGAAAUAUGGAAGAUUUUGACGAAAUAUUCGAAGAAAGGGAAGAAGAAGAGCGCUUUAUAGAUGAAUUUCCCACUAGCAUGAUUGCCGACCCUGUUGUUAUUAGAGGUGCUGGAAACAUGACAAUGUUUGGCUUAAGUAAUCGUUUUGAUACUGAAUUUCCAUCACCUUUGUCAGCCAAGGUUGCUCCAGAAGAAUACAAAGCCACGAUAUCCAGGUUAAACAGUGUAUUGAAAAAAACCUUACCGGUUAAUGUCAAGUGGUUAUUGUGUGGUUGUGUGUUUUGCUGUUGUACAUUUGGAUGUUCACUUUGGCCUGUGAUAUGCCUUAGCAAAAGAACAAGACAUUCAAUAGAAAAAGUAUUGGACUGGGAAAAUAGUCACCUUUAUCACAAGCUUGGUCUACACUGGAGAUUAGGAAAACAGAGAGGAGAUUCAACUACUAUGAUGGAAUAUGUUCUAUUAAUAGAGUUCAUUUCAAAGAUUCCAAUUCAUCGGCCAGAUUAGUUGAUAGACUAGUAGUCCAACAUGGAAUAAAAGUUGGUUAGAUACAACUAAAGUUAUAGAUUGUUUUGGUAUUCUGUAUAUUUGUAUCUUACAUAACCUCAUAUGCUAAGUUUUGUCCAUAUGUACUAUAUGAUUUUGUUUUAAACAUAAUCUUGUAAAAAUGUAAAUGUGGAUUAGUUGAUAAAUGAUUUAUUGUUUUUACCAAAUCAUGAAACGUGAGAAUAGUUGAAAAUAAAAUUUAAUUUUGAUCAAAAGAUAGUCAUACAGAUUUGAAAUUACAUGUAAGAUCAUUAAAUUUUAUUGUAAGUUUGAGAUUUUAAAUCAUGGUAUAUUUAUAUUAGUUAGUCAUUUAUGAGAAAAUGGUUUAUUUCUUAUAGUUAAGAAAUGUUAAUUACUUUUAUCAUUAGUUGAACUGAACUGUUAUAAUUGCAUUACUUUUUGUAUGACCAUGAAGAACAAGUUUUCAGAAAAAUUACUAUUUAUUAUAAGAUAAAAAGUUUUAUGCAGUUUUUUUUUUUUAAGACUAAGUUCUGUUGAAAGUUUACCACAAAUCUCCACAAGUGGAAGCUUUAGAGACUUUCAAUUAUAUUUCAUUUUAUAACAAAUUUUUUGAUAGUAAGAUAUGAUGGAAGUUUUCCCCAAAAUUGAGAAAAUUUGAAGCUUGAAUAUGACCAAAUAGUAAAUGUUUUCUAAAAAGUUUGUGAUAAAUAUGUUUUUUUUUCCUUUUGCUAAGAAAUCAAAUAAUAAAAUUUUGUAUUCUGUAUUAAAGGUUUAUCAUUCUUUAAGAACUUAGUGUUUGUUAGAAUUUAAUAGAAUCUGUAUUUUAACUUAUGAUUGAGUAUCACAUCAAUUAAAGAAUCUAAAUAUAUUCAAGUGUUUUUUUUAGAAUUAAAUAAAAGUGGAUUUAUAUUGUUAAUUAGUUCUGUUUAUCACAAAAAAGUUAAAUAUAUUCAAGUAUCUUAGAAUAUGAUGACUUUGUUGAAAUUUAAGAAAACUAUAUUUCAUCUUUUUUGUCAAGCGUAAGUAGGUACAUUUUUCGUAAUUUAAAGUUUCUUGAAUUUUUGGUUAUAUGAAAUUCAUCGCUGCUGAGUUCCAAACUGUUAACAAAACUAAAGUGAAAGACAAUAUGAAAACUAAUAUACCUGAUUAAUUUUUCUUCAUUAUUUUUAUGUUAUUGCAAAAUGUGUUAUUGCAAUUGUUCCCAUUUAAGAUUUUAUCACAUGAUCAAAGUCAAUCACAUAUUUUAAAAACAGCAACUUGAAAUAUGAUCUUAGUACUUAUAUGCAUUUUUUUAUAUUAAUUGCAAAGAUAUAUUAGUUUUUGUAUUUUAUAUUUUUAAAAUUAAAUUUAAUAGUAUUUAUUUUAUAGAUCUGCUGAGAUAAUUAUGGUGAACAGUUUACUGUGUAGUGUUUUUCUAAAGUUAAAUAACCUAGAAUGAUGUAUUGUGUUGAAUCACUUGCCUGUUCCUUGUUUUGCAAAUUACUGAUGUAAAGACCUAAAACAGAAGACUGAGUGAAUGAAAAUGUGUAACAUAAAUAAUAAGUCAGUGAUGACACAUGAAGGAUACUUAUCAAACAUAAUGAAUGUUUAAGAAGAGGUAAACAUGUGUCUGUGAUAUGUUAUGCCGUCCAUAUGGUAGAUUUGUGUCAUCACUGAAUAUUCAAAAGACAUGAAAAUAGUUCUUCAAAAUAUAAAAGCAAAACUUUCUAACACUGUUUUCAUAGUACCAAUCUUUUAAUGUAAAACUCUUGCCUUUCAUAAUAAAGCAGAGUACUAAACCUUCUGUUUUGUUACUAAACAUUUUACCAAUGUUUUGUUCUAAUCAUUGUUUCCACUGACUCACCAGCUUAGCUAAAUGGAAAGUUUAUUAGUCAUGUAAGUUUCUAAGGUUGGUCAAGUAAAGUAUAUUACAAUUGUCACUCAGGUUUUGAAUAAAGGAAAAUAAUUAGUCUUUCCACGGAUAGGAUUAACUUCAAAAUAAUUGCAAAUUUGUCUUUGAUAAUGACUUUCACUCUUAAAAGUGAUUUUAUGAGAAAAUUUUUGAGACUUUUGUCACUUGUAUAUUAAGGAUCUAAAAAGCACAUGAAUUAAAUAGUGGGGAAGGAGAUAGAGGUGAUACUAUUCAGUAAAUACUUAUUGUGUGUCCCAGUGUAUAGUGUACCAAUGAACCUGAGUAAUUUUUCAUCACCAGUAUUUUUCAUCAAACAGUGUUUCACUAAUGUUUGUUGUGCUGAAAUUGGCAGAAAUAAGCAACAUUUUUUGCAGAAACAAAAAUACUUUGAUAAAUUUCUGAACCUUGAUUACCAUAAGUUAAAAUUCUAAUUAGUAAGGGUAGUUCUGUAUUAGAAAUUAACAGUAUGUGUAAAAAUGUGAACUACAUUAAAUAACGAUAAUGCAACAUUUGAAAGACUAAUCAUUAGCUGAAAAUAUAAUUUUUAAUCUAGAAUUAUUUAUAAGAUGAUAGAGGUAGAGGAAAGUAAUAUUUAUUUGAUUGUAUUGAAAUGUGUUCUAAACUGUGUUUUACAUCAUAAUUUUAAUACUUUAACAUUUAUUACAGAAGUAAUUAAAGCCCAGUGUUUCUCAUUAUAAUAGUAAUAAUAAUAAACAAAAAUGAAAAAGGUGUCCAUGCUUAAAGAAGUAUAAUAUGCCACAGAAUAACUAAAUUGUUCUGACCUUGUUCAAAAAAAUUGUAACUCAUCUGUAGGAAGAAUUACUGAGUACAAGAUUGCUCCAUUUCUCACUUAACUAGUUCCCUUCAUUCAUUUGCAUGUUUUUCAAGAAUUAAUUAAAUAUUUAAACAAGUUGAUCACAGCAGAGUAUAACAUUUAUGAAAAGAAAGAUGUGUUUAACAGCUUACUGGUAGGUUAGUCUCCUUUUGUUCUGGUGUAUUUGACUGUUUGUCAGAAAUUAAUUAAAUAUUUAAACAGGUU